AUUUCACAUACGGCACAAAAUAAAUCUUCUAAUGCGGGACCGGUCUAAAAGAACCGCUUGUGUGUACGUUUACGCUAGGUGGUCCGACAUGAUAUCAUUUCAAUGGCUGUACUCAAUUAAUGGAUCUUUCGGCUCAAUUUUUUAAAUAUAUUUCACAGGGUUACGAUAAUAGAUUUCGAAAAGUCUAGAGAUCAUGAAUCCCACCCACGACCCAAUCCAUGAUGCUGACGUGGUGGGUGGGUCCCAUGCUACGUCAGCAACAGCCCAAACUUAUAAAGAAAAAAAUUGAAUUUUUUUCUUUCCCUGAUCUGGUUCUGUUUUGCAGAGAGACUUCCCUGGCACCAGAGAUAGAAGAAGGUCGACCCACCAGGGCCACCACCACCGGCGACUCCCACUACUACCAACGUCUACCACUGAAAAUCCAAAAUUAAAAAAAAAAAUGAAAAAUCAAUUUCUCCCAACCCCAUCUCUGGUUCAUGGAGGGAGGGAGGGAGGGAGGAAGAGAAAUCAACACCCAUCGCCACAGGCAACUCCCACCACCACCACUGGAUUCACCUCCGGCGACCAACCCUCCGGCCCUCCGCCCAUCACCUGUGUCGGUCCACCCCAUCCUCUCCUCCUACCUCUACUGCUGCCGCCACGCCUCCACUCCCACCAGCCGUCGCCGCCACCGAUUCCACCCAAACUCAAAUUCCUGCCUUCCAAUUCCAGUCCCCUCCAUAGAUCAUGAGAUCGUUUGGGUGGAAUCGCCGGCAGCGGCGGGGGCGGGUGGGAGUGAGACCAGUGGGUUAUGGGUGGGCGAGUGGAGGGGGUCUGAGGGAAGGUGGGGAGCGUCCAUGGGAGUAGGUGAAGAGGGAGGAGAGAGAACCAAAUUUGGUUUUUUGGUUUUUUUGUUUUUUUUUUUUCAGCUGUUGAUGUGGGUCCAUCCCGCCACGUUAGUGGUCAUGGAUUGGAUCCUGAUUUCAUGGUUUGUAGACUCACUCAAUAAAUUUAUAAACAGAAUAUUCUGAAGUAUUUCUUGCUUCUCCUAAAAUAAAAUAAAAUAAAAAAAGAAUAUUCUGAAGUACCAAAAGAAAAUUCUUAUAGUAAACAUUAUGUUAUUAUCGUGGCCAAGUGGCCGUGGGUAGUACACUUGGUGUGGGAUUAUUAAUUUAUUAUCCUCUUAGGUACGUCACUCCCGGACGAAUAAAGAAAGAGGUUUGGAUUAGCAUUAGUUCGUUUCUCAUACUCAACUGAUUAAAUAUUUGAACCGGAAGAAACAGUCCUAAUCUGGGUCGCACGUCGGAAAAAUUAAUGGUUCAGAUUUUCUCGCAAAACUCCUCGCGAGAAGAAUUCAAUUCUUCGUGCGGAAAGUUUCUAAGCAGAUCCAAACUAUUAAUUGCAGCAUUAAACGGUCAAAAUUUCGACGACAGCCGGCUCCCAUCUAAAAUUUGGACCGGAGAGGAUUCACAAGAAAUACAUCACCGAUGGAGACUCUUUGCUACAAAAGAAUGCGUUCAGCAAAAUUUGAUGGUCCCGAGGGAUAUCAACUAGACCGGUCUUUAGCUGGUACGGGGAGUAAUACAAUCGAUGUUCCCUAGGGAGAUCCGACCAGACCGGUCCCCAGUUGGAAGUUUAUAAAGUCAAUACUCAAUGGUACUCCUAUUUUUGUUUUUCAACAAUAGUUGUGGGGUGGGUCGGACCCGGAUUGGCAUGUGCACCGAGAUUGGGCCAAUAAGUCAGUUGAUGGUACGCAUGUUAUGGUGUCACGCUCUUAACACCCGGGUCCGACCACGCGUCUGCCAAGCAUCGUCGCGAAUCGAAGCAGUUGUCCGUCCGGCUAACUGAAGCCAAGUAGAAGUGUAGAACUAAGGCUCAGUUGGGAUGAUAAGAAUUUUGAGAAGGAAUGGAAAUGUGACAUCAUACUUUCAUGAUUUCGACGUUUUGAAGGAACAAUAAUGGGAAUGUGAUGCUACACUCCCAGGAUUUCCUUGUUUGGGAGAGACAGGAAUAGAAUUGUGAUUCCUGACGACACAUCCGACCAGGAAUCACAUUACCAGAUUGAGUAGGAAUCUAAUCUCUCCCUUACCUCAUACGAAUCUUAGAUUUCUUGCCCAAUCAAUUAAAAAAAAAAGAGAUAUUGACUUUGAUAAAUUUCCAAAAUAAUUUAUACAUGCAUAAGAUUAUUGAAUUAAUCCAAAUACUGGAAUGAAAUUACUUCAGGUAUUGUAUUCUUAGGAAUUUCAUUUCUUGUAAUCAUAUUCCUAUUCCCACUUAAUAAAAUUCUUAAGAAUUUGAUUCCUAGUAAUCACAUUUCUGUUCUUACUAAAGAUUUUGGUCAUCCAAACAGAGCCUUCUAGUCCGUGAAAAAAAAAAAAAACUAAGCCUCCUAGUAAUCAUAUUCUUAUUCCUACUGAAUACAAUUCCUAGAAAAUUGAUUAUUAGUAAUCACAUUCCUAUUUUUACUAAAGAUUCCAGUCAUCCAAACUGAGCCUAAUGAUUUUUCCGUUUGUAGGUCAACUUAGGAGAGGAUUACGAUCGAUUGGAUCUAUCCAUCAAGCUACUUCAAAAAACCACCACCCCACAAGUUGAAUACUACUAGUAUAUUAAGGCUCUGUUCCGCUAUAUAGUUAUCAAUAUAGAUCAUUCUCCCACCUUAUUGUCGUUCUAUUCGGAGCAGUGCAGGUCUCUAUCAAAUUUUUAUGUUUUAUACAAAUAGAAACAUGAUAAUUGCCCCAUGUAGAUUCAAAUUGAAUUCUCUAUAAACAACAUUUAGAAUAAAAAAAAUUACCCUAUGUAGAUUCAAUUAAAGGUGAUACUGUAAGAAAAUGACUUUAUCUCGUAAAAUAAAAAAUAAAUAAAAAUCUUAACGAAAUGAAAUUUUAAUGCGUAAUUGUUUAUGGAAGCCAAAUUCAUAUCCAAGUUAUAUUAGUUGAAUACUAAUUUUUUAUCACAUUUUUUCCAUGUAGAUUUCCAACGAAAAUUAGAAGAAUCAAGAAACGGACGUCGCCACCCACGUCAUCCAAUCGAUGUUGAUGAAAAUGAAAAUCUUUGAUUUGAAUGACUUCUCUCGAAAAAAAGAACACAGACGUCACGUCACGAUUCACUAAUCCUUUGCUUCGGUGGCCCUUUAUUCUGCCGACAUUUAAGACCAGCGAAGCAAACACUUUCAAAACCAAAUCAAAAUAAAAUACUCCACUCCACUCAUGGCACCGGCCACUUAUCUCUCUCUCUCUCAAUCAACAUUUCGGAAAGCAAUAAAUCUAGGGAUCACGAAUCCCACCAACGACCAAACCCAUGACGCUAACGUGCUAGGUAGGUUCCAUAUCUCGUCAACAACAGCCGAAAACAGAAAGAAAUACUAAAAAACAAAGCUGAAGUUCUCAUUACCCAGAGAACUUUUACACUCACCACCACCGGCAACUCACACCACCACCGGAUUCUCCUCCGGCAACCAACCCUUUGGCAAAAUCGACACAUCACAACUGACGACAAUCCACCUCCAAGUUCUCUCUCUCUCUCUUUCUCUCUCUCUCUCUUGUUGUUAGGUAAGAGUUGACGGUGGCGGUUGAGGCCGACGACGGCAGCAGAGGGAGGGUUUCUUGAUUGAGGAGGUGUGGGGGUUGUGUGGGGGUCGUUAGGGUUUUGGUGGAGGCAGCAACAGAGGUUGAAGGAUAUCGAGGAGGUGGGUGGACCGACGGUGGAUGUGGUAGUGGUGACGGGCGGCGGCGAUGUUGUGGAUGUAAGGGUGAUGGCCUGAUGGGCGAAGGUUGGUUGCCGGAGUUGGGAUUGGUCGACCUCCUUCCCCCCUCUCUCUCUGUAAAAGAACCAGACUUGAGGAAAAAAGAUUUCCACAUUUUUUUU